GAGGCCAGGUCGACCCUUGUCUCUGCUCCGUUCGCAUCAAUGAGAAUCAUUCUCUGCGUCGUUCUGCGCUCGUUUUUUUUUUCAUCUCCUCGAUACCAGUGAUCACGCUCGUUGAUCGAUUAGCCCAUCGAUUAACGUGGACACACUGUUAAUAAGUCAGUGUGUCGCGUGUUCGUGGUGAUACGUUGUGGAAAGGUCAAAAGUCGUGUUGCAUGUUAUUGUGACCCAGGCCUGUUCCUCGUCCCGAUGUACUGGUGAUGGUAGAUUUAGAAUUGUGAGCAGCAGGAUUUCAGUGUCAUCAAGCGGCAUAAUCGUCGUCUACCUGGUGACUAGUAACACCUAGAAACCGCUGUGUACGUCCGCGGCCUAGUGACCUGACCUUGGGUCGGCCCGACCAGGAAGUGGCAGAUACGCAGUAUUCGAGCUUCAGGGACACGAAGAUGUGAAGUAGAAGUGAAGAUGGGAGAACGCGUUGCUGGUCAUCUGCUGUAAACACAUUUUCGAGCAGACAAAUCGGCUUGCAUGGACCUUGAUUAGCUGGCCUUAAUGCGAGGACUGCAGGCAUUCAGCGCGCCGACAGAGGAAAUCUCAAGAAUGUGAACAAUCAAACUAACGCAAAUGCCCAACAAGGCACGGCCUCGUCAAGAGUGGUCUCCCAAGUCCCCUAUUCAUGUAUUGUGGAUGCCCCGCUCUGCCAUGAGGCCGGCCGAGGGCGACACUUCGGACUGUAUCCUAGUGGUAGGAAUAUCCAGACCGAAGAUGGCCGCAGCCUUCCUCACGGUUGUCCUCCUCUCCCUGUUUCUCACCUUCCACAUCCUCUACGACAGCGCGGUGUACAGUCUGCACGCUGCCUCGGCCGUGGAGGGUCGUACCGUUGAGUUGGUAUCGCAAGUCCGUGCCACCCCGCCGUUGCUGUUCUCCAGCAAGGUCCAUUUCCCGCGUACUAGUCGUCAUCUACCUCAGGCAAUCAUAAUCGGCGUGCGCAAGUGCGGCACCAGGGCGCUCCUCGAGAUGCUCUUCCUUCACCCUCAGAUCCAGAAAGCCGCUGGCGAGGUCCAUUUCUUCGACCGGGACGACAACUAUGGGAAAGGUCUCGAAUGGUACCGAAGAAAAAUGCCGUAUUCUUUCAGAGGGCAGAUCACCAUCGAGAAGAGUCCUAGCUAUUUCGUUACACCCGAGGUACCCGAAAGAAUCCGCGCGAUGAACGCGAGCGUGAAAUUGUUGCUGAUCGUCCGAGAGCCGGUUACCCGGGCGAUUUCGGAUUACACUCAGCUCAGGACCCAUGCCGCGACCGCGUCCACCGUAACCAAUGGUACACCACGCAGCGUACAGCAGCAACAACAGCAACAAGCUGCUCGUAGUUUCGAAGAGCUAGUGAUGCGACCCGACGGCACCAUCAACGAAUCGUACAGACCGGUCGCCAUCUCGCUGUAUCAUACGUACAUGCACAGGUGGCUGGAGGUGUUCUCCAGGGAGCAGAUCCUCAUAGUGAACGGCGAUCAACUGAUCGAGGAUCCGGUACCGCAGCUGCGCAGAAUCGAGAGUUUCCUAGGGAUAGAACCUAGAAUCGGUAGGCACAAUUUCUAUUUCAACCAUACGAAAGGCUUCUACUGCCUGCGCAACGAAACGUCGGAGAAGUGUUUGAAAGAGAGCAAAGGUAGACGGCAUCCGCGGGUCAGUCCUGUGGUGGUCACCAAGCUGAGGAGGUUCUUCAACGAACAUAACCAACGAUUCUACGAGCUCGUAGGAGAGGAUCUGGGUUGGCCUGAGGAAUAACCGUCGAGAGGAAACGGUUCCAUGAUGGAAGUGUUGCGUGCAGCCACGAUGGAUCGCUGAGCCUGGAGUUUGCGACGGUUCCCUGAACAACUUACGCUGGGCGUCUGCGAAUUUUCCAAACUCCCAUCGAUGGAAAUUACGAAGGUGUCUUCGCGUGAAAUUCGGAUAACAGCGUUGUAACGAUAUCGUUCUGUAACAACUCGGCUGGUCCGAGUACUCGAGCAAGGCUUUUAAUUAUUUCAAAGAAACUCCAACAUCUCGGUCUACGUGGGAAAUUAACUGAAACACCGUCCAAGAGGAUUCAGGGCGAAAUUAACGAGCAUCAUCGUUGCUUGAAUCGAGCAAAUGUUUCGUGAUGAAGAGAAAGAAGAUACCUUCGUGAUUGAAGCUCGUCUAAACGGAGAGUGAAGCGGAGUUAAUUGAAGAAUCGCAGAUCCGCAGCGUUCGUUUGUCGUCGUUUACCAAGAUUCCUGGGGAACAGGAUUUAUCCGCAACAGGCACUCCUCGUCGUGGAGAGAAUCGAGGCUGAUCAGGAUGAGUACCUUUUAUAUUUUACUGAUUAGCUUUAAGAUUAAAACGGGGUAACAGCUCGAUGGUACACUUUAUCCACCGUCAAUGUGCUCGAAUGAUCAUUUUUAUAUAUUAAUUACAUUUCGUGUAGGACUUCUUAUCGAGAAGAUAGAAAUCAGGAUAAACAUUACACACUUUUCAUUUUCGAAACAGUUUCUUCUAAGACCAAAAUUUCAAAAUUCAAUUAUCGUUUCGCUAAGCCUUUAUUAUUCUUGCAUAGUAUCCCUGCUAUUUUGAAAUUUCCUCCAGAAAAAUAUCCAUACCCCGUACUGUACACCCAUAGUGUUCAGCGCCGAGCAACUAUCUCCACCCGUAACAACGAAAGGGUUAACGAUACGCGAUAGAGUUCCUUCGAGAAAAAUAAGACGCGAUACGCUUCCUUUGCGAGCGCAACAAUCCUGCGGGCCUCUUCAGGAAGGGCGCUCGAGCAGCAAGCGAACUCGAGUGCACCCUGAAGAGGCUCGUGGCAACGAGUCAAGCCAUUAAAUCGAGUGCAUGCAAUUUAAUGGAUAUACGGUCCCGGCCAGGACUCGUCAUUAUUAUCGAUAAAUCCCGAGUACUCGCGUGCUAAUUGUCCCUGAAACGGUGAAUCCAUCCCUGAAACGCAGCGGAUUGAUUUGAGAUUCGUAAUGAUCCUCUUGGGUACGACAAUGGAAUUGAAAAUUUGAUGGAAUAAUUGGAUCCGAAGGUGAAGAAGGUUGACCGAACGAUAAAACGUUUGAAUUUAAUUGAAGUAAAUUAAAUUUCGAAUGGAAGUAAUUGAAAUUGUUUCAAGUCCUGAGGAGCGAAUUAAUUGGACCUUUUGAAUUAUCAAUGAAAGGAGAGUUUCCGAAGAUUCUGUUUCGAAUGCAACACCAAUUGUUUAUUUAUCAUUCCAGGAAUUUUUCAUACCGAGCAGAAUAAUUAGAGUUAAAUAGAGCUAAUCUCAGGGAAGAUAUCAACUUUUGCAACAUAUACACACGUAUCAUUUUUAAUGAAAUAUUCGAACUAUCCGUUCACUUAGAAUACCUACGAUUAACAUAAAUAUACAAACAGCAUUCUUUAUUUUUAAUUCCUUAAAAAACAUCUUUCUUUCUAAUUUAAAAUAACAAGAUUUUCAUUGUCACUGAAAACGUGUUCAAAUUGUUCGUUAGAUCGAUAACGUGAUCAUUGAAUGACCCAUCGAGGAAAAUGGAGGUGAUCCCGUGGAUGAGGAAGUAGAUAGAAUUGGCGAAGGAAUUUCAAAGGACGACCCUUGAUAUCAUUCACGGCCACGCGUGUCCUAUGGGAUUUCGUUGCCGUAGAGUUGAUUCCGACUGGGUCGUUAGUCAGAGGAUCGGACGUCUGUCCGUCGAUUCUCGUGGCGAACGAAUUCGAGCACAUUGCACGGAUCCCCGGGUAUUUAGAUCGAUCGAUUUCCGGUAAGAGAGCGGAACGAUCCAUCGAUGCUGUUACUCCUUCCUCCGCGUGGCUGCGCGCAACAUUCUCGUCUUGUUCCAUAGUUACACACGCAUAUACACACGUACAUUACAUAUACAAUUACUUACAUCGAUAUUUAGAUAUUGCACCAUUUUUUAAUUCGUUGCUUUCCAUACAAAUUUUAUUAAAAGUUACAAAGUAUAGGGUGUAAGGGUGGAACGUAUACAUAUCAAAAAAUGUGAUACAUAUCAGAUACAUAUCAGUAGUAAAUAGAAUAUAAAUGAAAAAAAAAAUAAAAUUUAAUAAUUGGGAUUGAGUAAUUCAUAUUUUCAUAACAUAAACACAAUUUCUUCUACGAAGCAUCAAAUUCCAAAUGGUGUGCUAUCCAAAUACUCGCAUAAACACGCAUGUACAGUCUUGUGUGACUUGGGUUUUUCUUGGUUAAAAAAAAAUGUAGGGGUCAGAAAUGAUCCACUGAUUGUCUUUAUUCGUGUUCUUCACGAGAUUCUUAGGAAGGCUUUCUUAAGAUCAAAGACGAGUAGCGAGACAUUCUUACCCCUAUAUCAACCCUUAACUAAAGGAAGUCUACGUUGCACCUAACUGUACCUACACACACGUACAUACAAGUAACAGUAACGCCGGCCAAAAUAAAAUAUAGACGCGAAUCCAACGAAAAGAACUGUUCCUGGUAAAGCAGAUUUCCCUGGAACAGAAACGAUUCGUUUGAAGGAUACGCGUCGCAUGGAUCACAUUGGUCCGUGAAUUUACAUAUCAUCUAGGUUAACUAGUUCGUAUUACAGAAGAUUUAAUAUUUUUAUAAUCCACAUUGGAAGUUGUUAUAUCGAGUCGUUAAGCUUAUCGUGUACAGGAAGAGGAGGGCCACCCUUGAGGAUUAGGCUUAAGGGAGGUUUGCAAGUACGCUCGGUGAUCUUUGGUUUCGUUGCUCCUGCAAAUCAUUCGAUUAAUGAUCAGAGAUUCAUUAAUUGGGAAUAGUAAAAAUUCUUUAGGAAGAUCAUUGAUUUUUUUUCUGAAAGGAUACACGACUCACUGAAUAAUUGCAAAUGCAAAUUGAAUUUUUUUAUUAAUAUUUUAAUAGGCAUCUGAUAAUUAUAGAAAAUUGAAUUUUUUGUUUUAUAGCUCCAAAUAUUUAUGGAACAAAAAUGGCAUUUAUUGCUACUGUUGCUGUUAGUUUUAUUCAAUUUUAUAGAUUGCUAUAAGAUUGAUAGAAGUCGUUUAAGAUGUAAUUGAAUUUGAAAGAAAUUUCAAUUUCGUUGAGAGGUUUUAAAUUUCUAUAGAGCCAUAUAGUGAAUUAAAGUUUGUAAAUUGAA